GCCCCCCCUCACAUAGAAAAAUCCCCAAUGGCGAUAUCCUUUCCAUCAUCAAUAUUGCUUCCUUGAUAACCGAAAAUGACCCACCUAGGCAAGGGCAAGCGGGUAUCGAGAGCCUGCAUCUCGUGCCGCUCGCGAAAGACGCGAUGCGAUCUUGAUUCCAUAGGAUCGCCGGGGAAUCCGCCCUGUAAGCGAUGUAUUGAAGAGCAGCGUGAGUGUGUCCUGGCUACCUCGCGCCGUGGUGGUCGCCGCGUACGUAAGAAGAAGAUCCCGGAGCUGGAUGAUGACGGAGUCCCGCUGCUUCCUCAGCACCCGCUCCAAGCGAAUCGCCAGAAUAUGGCCAUGGAUUCGUGGCAGGCUACGGCUGCUGCGGUGCAGGAUAAUAGCUGGGUAGAUGAGUCGGCGGCCUCGAGGACUGAUCCCUCGCAGCCGGCGUCGCGGAGAAGUUCCGUUGCGCUCGAGGGGCACCUUGCAUCGAAUGAUCUGCUGAAUCCGUCGGAUGCGUUGGAUCUGUUGGCACAGGUGGCUGACUUGGAUCCGUCGCGGCAUCCCAGGCAGGGCGAUGGGAAUGGUCAGAAUAAUGGCUCUCGUCCAUCGGCGUCGUCGCGAUACCCGCCGAUAUCUGAUGGGGCACUGGGCUAUGCAAAUGCCAAUACGCUUGUACAAUACUACCAUCAAAAUUACCAUCCCUUCUUCCCAGUGGCACACAAGUCCAUCUUUGAGGGGCAUGUGGCAGAGUGGAUUGAAAAGGAACCACAUCUGCUUACGGCCAUUCUGAUUGUUGCAUCCAAGGACGACCCAUCUUGGCAGGGUGCGCACGAAGCUUGUUCAAGUCACAUGGAAGGCCUCCUGUCACAGCUGAUAUACGGAAGCGUGGCCACCGUUGGCGCCGUGGAGGCCCUUCUUAUUCUAGCCGAAUGGGCACCACAGCCACCUCGUGAGAUUUCAACAUUUGGAUGUGGAAAGGAAGACCACGGAGCUUGGAUGCUUGUUGGAGUUGCCAUUCGUCUUGGAUAUUUACAACGUCUGGAACAGACAGGUCUUCAUGAUGAGGAGGACAGCUUGUCUGAUAGCUUCACCCGCAAGCGAAUUGCGUGGGCAGCAUGCUACAUGAGUGAUCGACAAGUAUCCAUCCGCUUGGGCAAGGGUUUCUGGUCAAGAGGCCCCGGCCCAUCCACAAACCUCCGCGCCGCCAACUUUCCUUCUCUCCAAUCACAAACACUGGGCCACGACAACCUCGGCACCCUGUUUCAAGCACAGCUUGAACUUACACAACUCUUUAGCAACGCCCACGACAUUCUGUAUUCCUCGACUAGUCAUCGGGAGCAGCUCUACGUCGGAGGCGAAUAUGUUAGAUAUAUUGAUGACUUUGCUGCUGUUCUUCGAAAAUGGAAACUCAGCUGGGGCAACUUUGAUUUCACACCACAAGUAAAGGCGUCCCUCAUCCUGUCCUACGACUUUCUACGCCUCUAUAUCAACGCUUUUGCGUUUCAAGCGACAUUGAACCGUGCCGCAGCCAAGUCACGGAAGAGCUCGUCCAGCAAGAGUACAGUUCUAGGCCCGCUAUUCUCCGACCUUGCAGCAGCGCCCGAUGCUCGCUUCAUUUAUGAGUCUAUUGACGCUGCGAACUCGCUGCUGUCUGUACUCAACAACUUUAUCGACCCUGUGGCUGGGUUGAAAUAUAUGCCGCUGAAAUACCCAUUAUUUGUAAUUUAUGCCGCCACCUUUUUAUUCAAGGCAUGGCUUGCAGGUGCCAUCAACAACGACUCAAUAUCGGGUGUGCGACGAGCCAUUCUUGGCACAAUCAACCAACUACAAAAGACGUCUCGCAGCACACAAAGCAUUGGCCAUCGCUAUGCACGUUCGCUGCGUCUACUGUGGCGCAAGCGUCCCGGAAAGCGCGGUCACAAAUCAGAACAUGAGACUGAACUGAAAACCAACAUUACCGACGUCGACAACACGUCGCAAGCAACAACACAGAGCACGGAUACGAAUAUUAUGGGCGUGCAGCUCGAUGCCUUGAAUGGCUUCUCAUGGCGCGAUCUCGACUCGCUCGGCCAGUACAUUUCAAACGAUGCGUCCAUGUACGCACCAGACGGCGUGCUGACCACGUCGGACUUUGACUCGGAACACGGAACCAGCUCGAUGGAAGGGAUGCCCGUCGAUUUCAGCUACCCCCCUGCGCAGACUGCAUGGCAAGGCGGUGAUAUUAUUUUCUAAACCAAAAAGAUAUAAGUUUGGACAAAAUGACAAUAUAUAGUGUGUGUCCGUGUGUAUAUAUACAAAAAGCUCAAGGAUGACUUGGACACAAAUCCUUUCCUUCUUUACCAGCUUUCUCUCUCUCUGUGCUUCAUACCUCUAGCCCUCGUAACGCUUCUACCGCCUCCAGCACAUCUUCUUGAUGCGUAUAGUCGUCAAUCGUCUCCAAACCAAAGGCAUCAAUAAUGGACGGUUCAUCUUCGUAGUCGUCGCGCUCUGCAUCGAGCUCCGCCUCCGUCAUAAUCUCCAGCGACUCUGAAGCCGCCCUCCGUGCCUCCGGGAUGAAGCCGCUAUUGUGCGCCGUAAUGUCCAGAAAAAUGAUCCUCCAUCGCGCCCAGUGCUCCAUGCUGUAGGUGAACGGGCCGUCUUGUGCGUUGCGCAGACACAUUUCCAGCAUGUCGAUGCCCGCGUGCAGAAUCCACUGCGCAGCAGCUAACACGGCGCUAGUGUAUUCGGGCGUGACGGACUGGUGCUUGUCCCAGAAGAUCUUGGAUGUGAGUGGCGAGAGAAUGAGGACGUUGACGAGGUGCGCGCCGACUAGUCUGGCGCUGAGCGUUGUAAAGUUGAUAAAGGCUGCUCUGGCCUUUUGGUCAACGCGCGACUGGUCCAUGUCGUCUAUUCGGCGGAAAUCGAGCAAAUCGUCUGUAGAUGUUGCGGUUAGUAUCAUGUAUACAUGAGUACCAAAUACUAUGUGAAUAAGAAAACGGCGGCGCUUCGUGAAUAACUCACUAUGAAUCACAGUCAGACACUCGGGGAAUAGUCUGUACCCGUCCUCUCUGCUCAACGUCCACAAUUCCUCGUAUAUUUCCUCAUCACUGAGCGUGAAAUACGCUAUUGUGUGCUUGGGUAGACAUGUCAAGUCUUCGAGUAAUUGGAUGAGCAGCUCCUGGCCGCUGUGGUUCGCCGGGAUGACGCUGGAUGCGCGGCCUAUCGAGUACCAGAGGCAGGUCUGCCAGGUGCUUGCAUCCGACGCCAGCUCUCUUUCGUCUCUAUGGUCAAUGUACUUGAAGUGGAUGCGCUCAAAGUCUCUGCCGUAGGCUCUGUCGUUGGACUCUCGGACAAUCUUGUCCAUUUCUUUCGCAGCCGCAGACGGCGUUAUGGUGCCGCGGACAACGCCCUCGAUGAGCUCUACAUAGCGCUUUUCGUCCUCUGUAUCGCUUGGUCUAGAUAUGCCGAGAGUAUCUGGUAGGCCAUUCGCGUCCACCGGUACCUCGGGCGUGCUUGCUGGUGGCUCACUCAUGCUGGGCUUGUUUGUGGUGUUUUUUAGGAUUCAAGUUGGCCAG